AUGGCCACGGUCGUGGUACAGCAGCAAGCGCCGCGAUCCUCCUCCGACAUCACCGCGUUCAACUUGAACAGAAACCCGACCCCUAUCCCCAACAAACACUUACCAGUUUGCCCAACGGGCCCGUCUCCUGCCUCACAUUCACCAUCCCCGGACGUACGAGAAAACAGCGAUGAAGAGCAGGUGUCGUCUUUGCUCUACCCUCCCGAUGCAUACUUCCAGAUGUCGAGAUUUCCUCCAGUGUAUACCAUUGAUAUAGAAUCGCUGGCAGCCGCAUUGGACCAUUGGGCAUCGCAGCCAUUGCCGGACCCCAGUCAGGUUUUCCCUUGGUUGCAUGGGCUUCACCCAAGGAAUCGUCUGCAGCUUGGAUUCUUCACCAACCGCAAACGCUCCCUACGACAAGCACCUAAAUGCUGGCGAGGUAUCACCAUUGUCAAGGUGGGAGGAGAUCUCGCGGCGUCCAGACUCAAAGGCGCAGUGGCCCCAACCGAGGUGCUGGCGCCGUCAGGCCUGGAGUUCCUGUUCCCAGAUCCUCCAGAAGGCUUCUCAGUGCGCAACUUCCAGAUUCAGACGGCAAAGCUGGCGCCGCUCUCGGAUAUAAUUGUCUACGGAGAUGAUGAGGCCGACCAGAACAACGUCCUCGACAUUGCUGCCAGAAUCGCGACCGCACAACAUGAUUGGAAAAUGAAGAACGACCCAAAGCGGCUGGUACCGGAGUUCAAUACCUUCAUCCUCACAAGUUCCUUCCGCGAAGUAGAAGAACGAUACCCCAGCUUGGUGACUAUCGACUCGCGAGGCGAGAUGACGGGCCAGGUCAUGGAUUUCUUCCUAUGGGAAAGACUGGAAAUGUAUUCCAUGACCGAGGCAUCAGAAAUUUCGACAAAUGUUUGGCAAGGACCAACCCCGGAGUACCUGUUAAAACCCAAGGCCUGGGAGUCGACGCGCGACGAAAGGUUUGAUCUAUUGAUUGAAGCAAACGACCUAGCCAGUAUCCCACCACCACACGUUCUGGAUCAUCUUGAGAGGAAGCUUAAAAAUGGCCCCCAGCGACUGGAAUUUUCGUCGUCCGGCUCGCUUAUGCCACCCUCCUCCGGCCCUGGUGAGCAGAGGGAGCUGGAAAAUUUCGUGAAUACCAUUCGCUGGAUGCACUAUCUGGCAAACUCGAACGGGUCGGCGGAUGAGUCGGACUCGGAAGGCGAUAUACCCAUGGUCACUUCGUCCAGGAAGCCCUACAAGAUCCUAAUCCACGGUCCCGAUGGGUAUACUGAGAGCUCGUUACUGGCACUCGCGUAUGUCAUCUAUGCAGAGGGGAUCCCUGCAAAGGACGCUUGGUUGAAGCUUCACACUGAGAAAAAACGCAACUUCUUUGCUUAUCCGAUUGAUGUAUCAUACCUUACCGGUAUCCAAGAGCGCUUGCUCAAGGAAAGCCCUGCCACGAAGACUCCUGAUCUGUCUUCGCUUUCAAAACCGUCUUGGUUCGAUAACUGUGACGGAUCUUUCCCGAGUCGCAUUUUGCCGUACAUGUAUUUGGGCAGCUUGACACACGCCAACAACCCAGAUAUGCUUUGGAAACUUGGUAUCCGGCGUGUACUGAGUAUUGGCGAAUCCCUGGCUUGGUCAGAAGGCGACUACGCAAGAUUUGGAUCGGAGAAUCUCAUGAGUAUCACCGAUGUUCGGGAUAAUGGUAUAGAUCCUUUGACAAAGGAAUUUAACCGGUGUUUGGAGUUUAUUCGGAGAGGAAAACGUGACGGUGCGGCUACGUUGGUGCAUUGCCGUGUUGGCGUUUCGAGAUCAGCGACUAUCUGUAUUGCAGAAGUUAUGGCAUCUCUUAAUAUUUCUUUUCCACGAGCAUACUGCUACGUUCGUGCUAGAAGACUUAAUGUUAUUGUACAACCACACUUGCGAUUUGUGUAUGAACUGUUGAAGUGGGAAGAACUACAGCUACAGAAACGCGGCGAACCCGUGAAGCGAGAGCUCGAGUGGCAGAUAGUGGCUCGCGAGAUUGCCCUGAUGAACAUGCCUUAUACCCGGUAG